AUUAUCGACCGAUAUACGAUAUUUGCAUCCUAAAGGCCUCGUUUUUCUGCAUAUUUUUGCUUCGUGUUUUCAUAUUUUACAUUUACUUGUUAAAUAGUUUCACUGAUCCACAUUUGCGCUAUCUAAAUUGCAAGUAACGACCAGUAACCUCAAUAUAGGUUAAGGAGAUUCAUUGAUAAAUGUUUCCUAAUAUAGUUAAUAUAUUUAUUUGAAAGAAUUCAGAGAAAUGUCCACAUGAAGCAGAAAUUGAAGGAUGAAAUAAGUGUUCUAGAUAUAUUUUUAAAAUCUGGCCUGGACACAGAAAGUCUCCAAAAACAUCAAUCAUUAAGGAAAUGCAAAACAAAGAAUUUUAAUGCGCCUAAUACUUGUGGCCACAAUCUCAUGUCCGGCAGAUUUAGUACAAUCGUGACAAUAGCAUCACAUGCUUAAUUAAUCUGUUAUUGACGUCCCAAGCAAAAAUGCACCGUAACUUUAAACUUUUAGCAGACCCACAAUUGGUAAAAUGCGGUGCUAAGCUGUAUCGUUACGAUGGGGUUGUACCAGGAGAUCCGACUUAUCCAACAAUAACGCCAAGGGACCCCCGAAAUCCUCUUAUACGUAUUCGUGCGAGACCAGUUGAUCCACUUCUGCUUCUUAUACCUAGAUUUGUGAUCGACUCCGACUACGUUGGUCAACCACCGGCUAUUGAAGUUACUGUUGUCAACCUAAAUGACAAUAUCGACAAGCAGUUUCUGUCCAGCAUGUUGGACAAAUGUGGGACAUUCGAUGAAAUCCAAAUUUAUCAUCAUCCAGUUACAAACAAACAUUUGGGCAUUGCCCGGAUUGUUUUUGAAAGCACAAAAGGAGCGAGACAAUUUGUUGAAAAAUACAACGAAAAAUCAGUAAUGGGAAAGAUUUUAAAUGUCUUCUGCGAUCCUUUUGGUGCCAUAUUAAAAAAAACCAUUGAAAAUAUUACAAAUCCCAUCGUUACAAAACAAGGUUUUAUUUUGAAAGGUCAAAAAAUCUCUUCUAUGCAACAAGUGCAAGGAACCUGCCAAGACGGUGAUUUUGCCGACAGUAACUUAGAAAAAGAUACCUUGGAUAAUAUAGGUGUUGGAUAUAGAACUACAGAUUUAAGUUCUGAUAUUGAACGCAGCAAUGAUCGUUACUGGGAUCGUAUUAGAGAACGUGAAGGAGAUCGAUAUUUUAAAGAACACACAAGUCGUCAUUCAUCAGAGAGAAAUUAUGAUCGUGAACAAGGAAACCACGACAAGUUCUUAAACACUUCAAGGCAAAGUCGAAAUUUUUAUAGGCACCGCUCCAGGGAUAAAAGCUCAGAAGUUUCUAGAGAAAUAUUAUUUACUGGAAGUGAUAAACGUAGAGAUUCAAAUGUUAAGUCACGGGACUACCAUCGCUUAAGAGAACGUGAUCAUUUUCGAGAUGGAAAAUCACAAGACCAUUCAAGAGAAAAAAGAGAUUACCGAUAUAAUUCAUCAAAAGAAAGAGACUACCGAGAAAGAGACCACGACCGUUCAUCGGAUAGAGCUCGAAGGGAUCGUUCAUCGUUUAAAUACACUAAACGAUAUCAGAGUCAUGAAUAUAUUAAAAGUGAUAUUGACAACCAUGAAAACUCAAAACAUCAUCAUUACUAUUCAACUGUGCCAUUAUCUGGAUUGUCUCUUUUAAAUUACGGGUACAAUAAUUAUAAUUACUCUUCAACUGAAGGUGUGCCUACAUGGUACGAGGAUAAGAAUUGGAAAGCCCCUCAACCUGAAUUUCAACCUCAACCACCUCCCCCGCCACCCCCUGAAGAAGAAGAGAAUUGGGAUGAAUUGGAGCUUAAAAUUGAUAAAAAAGAUAGCCAGAUACUUUUAGAAUCCGCCAGCGCAAAACCUCAAUCACCCCCUGAAAACCUAAAUAUUGAGAAUAAACCUACAAAAAUAAUUGAAUCAAAUAUAGAGAUUGGAAAUGUAGAUUUAGAUACUCGUAUUGCCUUAAUAUUUAAAGGAAGAACUUUUGGAAACGCACCGCCUUUCCUUCAAAUGGAGAGUAGCGACUCUGAAACCGAAAAAGGAAAACCCGAUAAAUCCCAUGAAAAUUAUUCCGAUUCAAAUAAUUCAGUUGAUGGAAAAACACUUGAGAAAAAGAAAUCAGUAUCAGAUCCUCAUGGAGCUAGUGACAUCUCAAGUGAUGAGGAAAUAGUGGUUCAAAAAGAUCCAUCAAAAAACAGUAUUAUCAGUGCGAAGGACGGAAAUGAUGAUAAUAUGUCUCUAUCAUCCUUGUCCUCUCACGAGGAUACAGUGCAGAAUUUAACGGCUUUCAGUGGUUCUGUAAAUAAAAAAUCCUCAGUACCCUCUUAUAUGUAUCAAAGUACAUCAAACCAAAAUCCAUACUAUUACCAAACAACUUCCUAUGGACAUUAUCUUUCAAAUAUACAUACAAACUCCAGCUUAAAUAAUCCUUAUUUUUCAAACUCUGCCUAUAUGCAAUCUGGUUAUUUGUCAGGUGUAGGAACUAUUGAUUUUGAUACUUAUGUACAAUCAUAUGACGCUCAAUAUGCUUUUACAGAUCAAAAUGAUGAAAUAAGGCAAAGAGUAAAAAAAGUAAUAAACUACAUUGUUGAUGAGCUGAAGCAGAUUCUUAAGCGAGAUGUUAAUAAGCGUAUGAUUGAAAUAACUGCUUUUAAAAAUUUCGAAGCCUGGUGGGAUGAUCAUUCAUUAAAGGCUCGUUCCAAACCCUUUGUUGAAGCGGUAGAAUCAUCUAUAAGUUCGACGAAUUUACUAACAGAUAACACUUAUAACGAUAAGGCGCCAGACAAUAAUACAUUUCUUAAUUCACAAAGGGAAAUUCCGGAAUUUCAAUCAUUUUCAAGUAUUGGUAUACGAGCGGCAAUGCCUAAAUUACCAUCUUUUCGACGAUUACGCAAACGUUCUAGCCCUAUUCCUAACCAAAGACAAUCAUUAGAAAGAGAUCUAAGUGAUCAAGAGGAAAUGGUACAACGUUCUGACUCGGAGAAGGAGGAUUCAAAUAUGGGAAGUUCAGAUUUGUCACGUUCGAAUCUUAAAAGAAGGCUUUUAAAUCAAACUGUUAAGCUCCGAACUUCCCCUUCAGAUACAAAUUCAAAAAGGAAAGGAAGCGCAUCGAGUUUUUUUUCUUCAUCCUCUUCUUCAUCGUCUUCUGAAGUUGAAAACGAAAACAAUGAAUGCGUUGAAAAUGAAAGAAGCAGUGAGGAUGAUAGUUUAGAAGACGUGCAGCAACAAAAAAAUAUGUGUCAACAGAAAAAACAUUUUCAAAACCGAAGAUGUGUGAGCUUUAAAUCACAUGAAUAUAAUAACAUUAACAAUAUAUAUUCCGACUCCGAAGAGGAGAAAAAAAUGAAAUUCCCCGACGAAUCAAAAAAAGAUCAAUCAACAAAAAAUCAUAUUUAUUCAGAUACGGAUGAUGAUAAUGCAAAUACUGAAGAGGCAGUAUUGCUUCCUCGAAUACGCGAGAAAUUGUUUUCAUCUAUACCUUCUGAUCUGGAAGAUAUCAGCAAAGAUAGUAGUUUUGGAUUGGCCGAAGAUGACAUAGAUGAUACAUUUGUUCUACGUACUACAUUAAAACUUAAUAAUGAAUCACGACGCUCUCUGACACCAGUACCACCACCAGACUACGAUGAAGAGACAAUUCACAGAAAUUCAGAUUUUUGCAAGGAGAAGCCUAAGUUCGAUUAUGGUCGAAUCUAUAGUGACUCGGACGAAGAACGCGAGUAUCAAGAAAAAAGAAGGCGAAAUACAGAGUACAUGGCACAGAUUGAAAGGGAAUUUUUAGAGGAGCAGGAAAAGAAAAGCAAAAACUCUCCAUCAGAAAUUUUAAUAAGCUUCGAUUCAACACGUGAAAACAAAAUGUCAGAUGACCAUGAAAUUUUUAAUUCUGCCAAUAUAUCAAAGACGUCAAUUCACUCUAUGAUUGGCCCAAAAAUUGAUAUUAACGAAGGUGCAGCGAUAAAAUCCGAACACAUAAUAGAAAAUAUAAGUAACGAUGAAAAUAUGAAAACGGAAAAUAAUGAUAUGGGAGAAUUUGAAAAACCCAGUGCUAAUAACUUUUCUAAUACUGCAUUAAGAGGAUCUAACCAAGCCUGUGGGAUUUUAAAAAUCGAAACAAAGGAAUCCCAAUCACCCGCUUCUUCUGAAGGUGGAUACAGCCAAGCUUCACAGGCUAGUCAAGUCGCCUUAGAACAUUGUUAUUCUUUGCCCCCACAUUCACAAUGUAUUUCUUUGAAUGAUACUUCAAAUAAUAUUGAUACUCAUAAAAUGAGUUCAGAUGGUCAUAAUAUUGCCGGUCAAUUACCAAAAACGGGUCCCGGUAGGCCCCGCAAGGAUACCAUUCGUACACAAAAAAAAAAGAAAGAUUCAGUUCCACGUCAGUCUAAGAACAAAUUGGUUUCGGCUAAAAAAGCAUUAGCUGAAUUGGCCCGACAAACCAUUAAUUUUGUUCCAUAUGAUAUGUAUGGUGCACGUGAUCAAAAUGAGGAAAUGGUUAUAUUGUAUACUUUUCUUACGAAAGGCAUUGACGCCGAAGAUAUAAGGUAUAUAAAUAUGAGCUAUUCAGAGCAUUUACAAAAGGAGCCAUACGCUAUGUUUUUAAACAAUACACAUUGGGUAGAUCAUUGUACGACUGAUCGUACUUUUUGGCCUCCACCAUCUAAAAAAAGAAGAAAAGAAGAUGAUCUAAUGCGUCAUAAGACUGGAUGUGCUAGAACAGAAGGUUUUUAUAAAUUGGAUGUUCGAGAAAAGGCUAAACAUAAAUACCACCAUGCAAAAGCUAAUGCUGAUGAUUUGCUUAAUGAAGACCGUUGUGACGAUCCCACUGCACUUACCAACCACCAUCAUAAUAAGUUAAUAUCUAAAAUGCAAGGAAUUUCGCGAGAAGCGCGGUCAAAUCAGCGACGACUCUUGACCGCGUUUGGUUCCAUUGGAGAGUCUGAACUUUUAAAAUUUAAUCAACUCAAAUUCAGGAAGAAACAGCUUAAGUUUGCCAAAUCUGCCAUACAUGACUGGGGAUUAUUUGCGAUGGAACCCAUCGCUGCAGAUGAAAUGGUCAUUGAAUACGUCGGCCAAAUGAUUCGCCCAGUGGUGGCAGAUCUAAGGGAGUCCAAAUACGAAGCUAUUGGAAUUGGAAGUUCUUAUCUGUUCCGUAUAGAUAUGGAAACUAUUAUAGAUGCUACGAAAUGUGGUAACUUGGCUAGAUUCAUAAAUCAUAGCUGCAAUCCGAAUUGCUAUGCUAAGGUUAUUACCAUAGAGUCUGAAAAGAAAAUAGUUAUUUACUCAAAGCAACCCAUUGGUAUUAACGAGGAAAUAACAUACGACUACAAAUUCCCUUUGGAGGAUGAAAAGAUUCCGUGUCUAUGUGCGGCGCAAGGAUGCCGUGGUACUCUUAAUUGAAGCUUUGUAUUUUUAUCAGUGCGUGUAAGGUUUUGUCGAAAUAAUUGAAUUUAAAAUUGGUGUGCUAAUAAUUUAGAAUGUAAAAAAAAACAAAAAUCCUAUGUAAAUAUAAAACAAAUAUAUCUUUAUAUUGUGUAAAAUCUUGGCCCUUUCCAAGUAAGUCUAAUUCGCCAAAUACUAAGCUUAAUAGUAAAAAAUUGGUAGAGUUGUUUGAUUUAUAAAUUUAUACUUAAUUUAAAACAUACCUUUCUAAGACAAAUGAUAACACUAGUUUAAAAAUUUAAGGGUAAUCGAGUGAACCUUAAAAUUGUUUGAUGAUUGUUUUAUAAUAAUUUGGGAUCGGAGAACACGAAAAUUACAUCCGUUUAUUUUGCUUAAGAACAGUUUUAGAGAUAUUUUUGAAAAUCAUGUUUUUGUGGUCUUUUUUCCUUUUUGGUAAUAAAAAAGGGAUAUGAUCGAAAGGUAUUGAAGUGAUGUUUAUGUGAAUGUAUAACAACUACACAAAUAGUGUAAUUUUCGACCAAUUUUGAAAAUUUUAAUUUUUUAACACUUCAAGAAAUUCAUGCUCUCCGACCUGAGUAGUACAAGUUUAUGUUAAAAAUUAAAACUUUAAGUAAACCAUUUAAAUAUAUUACUACUGAGUAUAUAUGUUAAGUAUACACAUUUUAUUUUUUCUAAUUCUUAAACGCCUAUUAAUAAAUAGGAAAAAAUGUAUAUAAUUGGAAAGUGUGAGUGAGUAGAUUAAUAAAAUAAUACAAUUUUUAUAAAAAAUAACUAGUAAAAUCAGUCUUAGGAGACGUUAAGUUACUUCUAUGAAAAUAAACUAUUAUAAAGAAA